CAGAGCUUAUAAGUACAUGAAUAACAGCUGGCGUUUAAUGCGUGGGCAAGAUGAAGAAUUUUGUAGCCUUUCAGUCACAGUUAGCCUCCAUUAUGGAAGUACUAGCCAAAGCAGCUGUUGCCGAAAUAAGCAAACUUGUUGAAGAUGGGUCCGUUGUGUUGUAUCUGGAAGUAUCCCGAAGCCAUAAAGAAAUUGACAGUCUGAGGAGGAAACUGCAGCAGGUGGAGAGCGAGCUGAGGACGGCGCGAGAUGCAGCAGCGCGAGAGAGCCGCUCUAUUGGAGUCCAGGUUGAGGACCAGUUUGGGGGAGCAGAAAGAGUGUUUCCCACAGGAGUUGUAGUUGGUGGUGAUGAUGCUGGAGAGAGACGUCCCUUUGAACAGAAGCACUUUGAGGAGGAAUUUGAUCGACAGACAAGCGACACGCAGCCUGCGUUUGGAUUUACGGUGAAGGCAGAGCAAGAGGAAGAGCAUGUAGUCCAGAGACUCAAUCAGACAGGAUGUGAACACAGUGCAGGAAGACUCAACGAUCUGGGCUCUGAGUAUGUAAUGUACAAGAGAGACAGUCAGCUGUGGACUUCCUUUACACAAGGGGACAAUGCCAUUGCAACUAAUGAUGUGGUGUGUUCUGACACUAUGGAAAAGUGCUCACAGAGUCUGUCAGUUCACUCACCACUACAGCAUGCUCCUGCCACUGUGGAAGUCUCUGGAAGCAUGCUAUCCUCCUUGGGGAAAGAUGUUCAUGUUGUUCAUGGUGUUCUUGUGAAAGAGGAAGCAGGUGGGCAAUGUUCAUACGCUGAAGAGAACAGAUCUGAGAUGGGUGGCACACAGCAGACAGAGUACAGACAGCCUUCACUCUCAAUUAGUGAUAAUCAAACCUCACAGCUCUUUCAACCGCUGCAGCAGCCCUUAGACUGGCAAAUAGGAAUUACUGACAGCAUCGCAGAUCCAAACUCAGACGGCCGCAAAAAGACCAGAAUACACUGGAGAAGUGGUACAGGGAAGAAACCUUACAGCUGCACACAGUGCGAGAAGAGUUUCAGUCGGUUCAUCGACCUAGAGAGACAUCAGCGGAGCCACACAGGAGAGAAACCAUUCAGCUGUGCACAGUGUGGAAAGGGUUUCAGUCUGAGGUGUAACCUUCUCAGACACGAGAGGGUUCACAGUGGGAGUAAACCAUUCGGUUGUACUCAUUGUGGGAAGAGGUUUGCUCCGGGAACUAACCUUAGAGCACACUACAGAAUUCACACAGGCGAGAGACCAUAUCACUGCACUCAAUGUGGGAAGAAUUUCACUCAGCUGGGUAGUCUUAAAGCUCACCAGAAAGUCCAUAGUAGAAAUGAAUUACUACAGUUUGGGAUGAGCUGUACGUGACUAUAAUAAGUUCAAAAACAUUACAUUUUAUAGUCACCAUAUUAACUCAAAUAUCAGAAACGAAUCUGCUGUGUGUAGAAGGACAAAGUUACUAUGGUCUUAUUGGUCUUCAUAGAAAUGUGUUUAUUAAGAAAAAUAGAGGGAGAUGCAUAAAUAUAAUUUUGGGAAAAGAGUGUUCUAUGGUGAAUAAAUGACACCCGUGUGAUGUUGAGAGGAAAUUGAGAGGAUUGUGGGAAAUUUCAUUGAGCCAGUGAAGCUCUGGUCUAACUGUAAGGUUUUAUGAGGGAAAACAUGCUGGCAUGUUUCCAGCUAACAAUAAAGCUAUGGCUAUCCA